GUCGCCGAUCAUUUAUUCACACUGAGCAGCCCAAAGCUGGAUAAUUUCUUUAAAAAGGGCCACCACCCAAUUGUCCUCGUAACAACGUUGAUGAUGACAGAGGAGAUUAAAUUUGACGAAGGAACCAUAUCUACAACGAAUGACGUUGACUCAAGCAACGCAUUUCGGCAAAUUCGGCCGCACUUGAACUCCCUCUGGCAGUAUUCGCUUUUCGAUUUAAGCGUAGAUUCUCUCGUCGAGUUUCAACUGCUCCUUGCGACUUUCUGUACUGGAUUACAGGACGCUAUAUCGUAUCCUGACUUUCGCUGCUUCGCAUCCAAUCAAACGGGUAACACCGUGGUGCUCGCUGUCGGUAUUGCCAAUUACAACUAUUAUGCCUCCCAAAAGGAUUCGCUCUUCCAUCUUCCGAAUAUCGCCAUGUCCCUUGGUAUGUUUCUCGCUGGUGCAACUAUUACAGGCCAACUGGGGAAUUAUGUGGGAGGAAGAAGACGUGGAUGGCAGUUUAUUACAAAUUUGGCGCAGACAAUGAUGAUAUUCGGAGCAGCUGGAAUCCAGUAUGCCCAUGAUGUGCAGGAGACCGGACCGUGGGCUCUGGCAGUAGUUGCCUUGCUGGCGUUUUCUUCUGGUGCUCAAGUUGCAGCGGCAAGAGCUUUCCGAGUUCAAGAAAUUACCACGGCAAUGGCUACAGCUGCUUGGGUGGAUCUGGUUAUUGACCCAAAAUUGCUGAAAACGAAGAACCAUCCCCGGGAUAGAAGGGCUCUUUUUCUCGUUGCACUCAUUGCUGGCGGAUUUGCAGGGGCUUUCAUGUACUCUAAAAUUGGAAGCCCUUCUGCACUCGUUAUAAGUGCUACUGGCAAGACACUUGUGACCGCUUUGAUGCUGCUUCCCAAGAAAGCUCACGAGGGGUCUAGUUUUGUAUAAUGUUUAGAGUACUUAGAGCGCUGAAAUAUAACGCACGAAUAAUUGAAUAUCCAAAGACUGUGUGAUUAAAUAGCCGAGCUAUACACCAAUUUCGACACUACGAACAUUACACAGUAAUGGUUAAUGGUAUGGCACAGCGAAAUGUCAAGCUCAAAUUCGAGUGAUCGACUUGAUCA